AUGACGGAGGCGACUGCGACGCCACGCCAGAGCCAGAGCCAGAGCCUGAGCCCGAGUGGUGGACAACGACCCGAAGUGGCUGGCUGGGGCUUGUGUGAUAUGAUUUCUAAAGUAUUCGGGGGAUUGUGUUGCGAAGCAUGCUCUUCGGAGGCCACGACAACGACCGACAAGGAGCUCUGCGCGGACGGCUGCUACAACGGGUGGCCGGGCGACGGCUACUGCGACAGCGUGUGCAACAAUUGGGAGUGCAAUUAUGACGGAGGCGACUGCGACGAAAAUCCGCCGACCGACCCUGAAGGACUUGACUGCGGUCAGUGUACCGAUGAUGAUGGGGACUGCGCGUUUAACGUAUCCACAGAGUUUCCUUCGUGCGGAUCAGGAUACCAGGUUGUGUACGGGAACUACUGCUGUGACUACUGCGACGAUCCGAGCUUGCAGUUUUUCGGUUGCGUCUAUGUCGGCUGGUCAGGUGCUUGGGCUUACAGUCCUACACUCGUGCCCUUGCUGUUGGGCGUGACUGCGGUGUUGCAGUGA